UGUCGAGACUAUUUCGAUGGCGGGUUUCAGAAACCGUAGAGAAAAAUAACAAGAAUUAUUUGAUUAUAAAUGGCUCAUAAUAAUUCCCCCGACAAAUAUACGUCUUCGGCUUUAGUUUAUAAACUUUGUUGUCACUUAACAAAUCUUUCUUCAGAUGCAGUAACAUUGUGGUAUCAAUAUGCAUUGCGAGUAUUAGGCAGUUCUUCAUCUUUAAAUGAAAAUGAUGAAUUUCAAAUUGCAGAAAAAAUUAAAAAGAAAUUGGCUAAAGAAAGGAGAGAGAAAGAUUCAGUUUUGUUUGGAGAAUUGCACAAAAAACUUCAAACAAGUGCUGUACUGAAGAAUCGUUGUGCUGUUUUAUCUCUCCUUUUGAAUCUUAGUAACACAAAAAAUGAUGGCUCUGCAAAGGCUCCUCUCUUCAAUAGUUUCUCAAAACUAAUUACAUCUACUCCAUUAUCAAUUAAUAGUAGAGAUUUUCCUAAUAAACCUGUUUCCUCAAAUGGCACAGUAUCAACUAUUCAUGCUGUCAGUAGUAGCAUUCCUUUAUACAGCAAGGAUGGUGAAGGAAAAGUAACUAAUGGCAGUAUAGAAGAUCCUGUUCCAUAUUCUACAAAAAUCUAUGGAAGCAGAGUUGCCAAAGUUGCUGCUAUGUUUUCAAACAAAGACCAGCAGAUUACUUCUAAUACAUCUAAUGUUUUAACAGCAAGAAGAAAAUCUUUAUCUAGUCCUAAACAAAAAUCAAGAGAAUCUGAUCAAACAAGUCUUGAGAUACCCGAACAAGAACUACUACGUGAAGUACUUUAUGCAUUUCAAGGCAUUAAAGGAAAUUACAUACAAUGGGAAGGAUCCAAAAAUAAUUGCCAUGUUGAUUUAAAGGUUUCCAUGCCUAAACCGCAGAGACAUUUAGUACUAAGACUGACCGAAAUAGGAUGGUUUUAUACUAAAAUUCAUAAAUUCUGUGAUGAUCAUAGCAAUGAUAGAACACUUGGUCUUGUUGGUCAGAGUUUUAUUGCAGCUCUCCAAGAAGAAUUAACAGAAUAUUAUCGACUACUUGCUGUUUUAGAAUCUCAGUUACAACAAGAAAUAAAUGGAAAUGUAUCUGGAAGAAUACCAAAAUGUAAUCUAACAUUACACAGACUUUCAGUUUGGUUAUUAGAUCCUUUUGUUCGCAUGAAAAUACUGGCUUCAUUAGUUGAUGCUUGCAAAGGUCAGAAGGGUGGUGCAUUGGCAUCUGCUGUGUAUUCAUUUUUACAGCAUGGAGAUCCUGAUAUUAGGGAUUUAAUCAAGCACAUAUUAACAAUGGUUGUUCAGCCUAUUUAUCGAAUGCUUAGUUGUUGGAUUUUUUGUGGUGAAUUAGAAGAUACUUAUGGAGAGUUUUUUGUAGCAGCAAAUGCUUCAGUUCCAGAUAGCAUUUUGUGGCAAGAAAAGUAUAGCUUGCGCAAAGGAAUGGUUCCAGCAUUUUUCACUAUGGAACAAGCAAGAAAGAUAAUGUCAACUGGAAAAGCUAUAAAUUUUCUUAGACAAGUUUGUAAUGAUCACACAACAGUUAAAGGAAGAGAAGUAAUUAAAAGUUCCAUGGAUGCUAACAAUGUUGAAUCUGUCUUCAGUCAAGAUAAUGAUGGAGAGUUCCAAAAACUAUUAGAAACAAGUUACAGAACAACUAGUCAUCAUGUAUUAUCUGUUUUACAUGAAAAAUAUAAAUUUUUGGAUCAUUUGCAAGCCAUGAGAAAAUAUUUGCUGCUUGGUCAAGGAGAUUUCAUUCGACAUUUGAUGGAUUUAUUAGAAAUAGAACUGGCCAAACCUGCCAAUAUGUUAUAUUUACAUAAUUUGUCUGGAAUAUUAGAAAGUGCCAUACGAGCAACAAAUGCACAGUUUGAUAACAUUGACAUUCUUCAGCGAUUAGAUGUCAGAUUAUUAGAGGUUUCAGCUGGAGAUACUGGAUGGGAUGUUUUCAGUUUGGAUUACCAUGUAGAUGGUCCAAUUGGAACAGUUUUUGCACCACAAUGCAUGAUAGCAUACUUACGAUUAUUUAAUUCUCUUUGGAGAGCCAAACGUAUGGAAUAUGUGUUAUCAAGCAUGUGGAAGGUUCGGACCACUCAUAUAAGACUUGUGAAGAGAAUUUCUGAAUUGGGACCAGUUUUGCAUCAUUGUCAUAUAAUACUGUGUGAAAUGAUUCAUUUUAUUCAACAGAUGCAUUAUUAUAUUGCAUUUGAGGUGAUGGAGUGUUCUUGGGCUGAAUUACUUCAUAAAGUGCAAGAAGCCCAAGAUUUAGAUCAAGUAAUUGCUGCACAUGAAGAAUUUUUAGACUCUCUCUUAACUAGAGCAUUAUUAGAUGAAGAAUCAAAAGAUUUGUUAACUCAGCUACGAGCCAUUUAUGAUUUGAUAAUUCAGUUUCAAAAUAUUCAAGAAAAAUUUUGGCAGCAGGCAAAUGACAUUGUCGAAGAAAUAUAUCAUCAAGAAGCAAUGAUAGUUUCUGAUACAGAAAAGGGAAAAUGGGGAACAUCUGAAGCAAGAACCGCUGCUUACGAAGAUUCUAAAAAUCAGUUUAUUCAAAAUGCCAUUCCUACAGUAAAGGCACAAUUACGACUUCUCGAACGUUCCUAUGAAGAUAUGGUACAGAAAUUCUUAUUAAUGUUGACUGACCAUACAGAUCCAAAUCUGCGAUUCCUCAGUUUCCGUUUGGAUUUCAAUGAGCACUACAAGAGUCGCAACACUAGACUGCAUACCUCACUGACGUAUCAGCAUCGCCGUCGAUCUCUGAAAUAGAGAUAAUAAGUUUAUUCUCGGUAAUAUUUACUUAGUGCCAAGUUUUGUAACGUUGAAAGUUGUCUUUUUUCUAGGGCUUUUUAUUGCCUUAAGUAGAAACUUAAGUGUCUUCCACAUAUUAGAGGAAUGUUAUAUUUGAAGUUUGAAUUUUAUAAAUAUGUAACAGGGAUUCAUUAUUGUUUAAUAUGCUUCUACUUAGUUUUGAUCACAGUAAUUGCAAAUAUAAUACUAUAAUUAGAAACAUAACAUUGAUCAAUAAUGUAUAUCAGAAGAGAUUUGCAUUCAUAGUUGAUGUUUAGUUAUUGUUAACUAUAUUUAUUGUUGAACAUUAACAAAUUGUAUAUAACUAGAAAUACAUCUUGAUGUACCUCUAUUCAAAUUUGUGUACAUUUUUUAAGAUUUUAAAACUGUUGAGUUGUAAGUAUAGAAAAAACUUCCAAGUUUUAUUCAUAGAAUAUAGAAUAUUAUUUAAAACAUUUUCUAUACAUGAUACAAAUGUGUUGCUCUAUGUGAAUUUUGUUUUGAAUUUUCAUACUUAUAAAAGUCUAAAAAUGCCACAUAGUAAGAUGGUAUAUAACCAGUAUUUAUUUAUUUGGGAAAAGUUUUUUUAAGUUUUAAUCAAAUUUAAUACUUAAGAGUCUGAUCUUAUCAAAAACUUCUUUCGUACAUAUAAAACAAAUAUCACUACAAAAAUUAUAUUGAUGUGGUCAUUAGGUAUAUUGUCUUGUACACUAUAUAAUUGAAAUCUUGACUAUAAAGUUCAAUUCUGGCAGUUGUACCAAUGAUUUUCAAGUACUCACGUUUUAAAACUGCCAUUUGUAAAUAUAAUAUAAUUACAUAAAAAAUGUAACAAAAAGAUAAUGCACCUCAUUUGAAAAUCUUCCAUAAUCAGAAUCUGUAUUAAACCACAAUUGAAAUGUUGCAUAAUUUUUUAAUUAUACAAGAAUUUUUCCAUUAUGUCUGUAGUUAUCAGAGCUUAAUGUACAUUCUUGAAAGUGGCAAAUAUAAUAAUUUAUAUACUUAUAUGUAGUAUGAAAUUAUAAUGGAAUGAAAUAUACUUUUAGGAUAAAACAAUUUAAUACAUGAUGUAUAUAAGUUAAAUAUGCAGAAAUUUCUUUCAAAUUUACAAAAUUUUUCAAACUGCAUUCAUGCUAUUUUUCUGGAUUCAGUCUCAUAUGGAUUAAAAAUUAUUAUUGAAUGGAAAACUGUUCUCUGUCAUCUGUAUUUAUCUAAGAAACAUUGAUUCUAGAAUGAAAAAGUUAAAAAAAAUAUAGAUAUUUAUGUGCUGAACAUUUGUUAUAUGUAGAUUAAGUUGCACCCUUUCUUUUUUUGUAUGAUAUCAAUAAGUAGAAAGUCUAAUUAAAGUGGUCAAAAAUGUAUUUAUUUUAAGAAAUGUUUUUGGUUGUUACCUGAUUAUCAUCAGCAUACAGAAAGAAUAUAAAUAACAGGAAUAGAAUGAAUUUAGAUAAUUAGCCAAAGAUUCUUUAAAAAUUGAUUAUUAAAAAAUCUUUGCUACAGUAAAUUAUUCAAGUUCAUUCUAUUAUUAUUUUUAUGCUGGAAGCUGAAAUGGGUAAGUUCUGACUGAAAACAUUUCUUAAAAUAGCUUGACUGAACAUUUUUACCUAUUCAUUGAGAUUAUACUACUACAAUGGCAAUUUUUAUGGAUUUUUCUAAUCUUUCAUUGAAUUAUUUACAUUCUAUAAAGAAUUUAGCAGUUGAAAUUGUUCUUAUAUAACAAAAAGUAAUUGUAGUCAGCACCUAAUCAGUUGUGACCAAAUUUUAAGUUGCAAAUUUUCUAUUGUUAAAAUAUAAAUUUAAAUAUAAUAUUCUGUAACAAUUUAUGAAAACUAUUCCUAAAAAUAAUAAAUGAGUAAUUACUUGCUAUAUACUUAAAGCCAAUUAAAAGUUUUAAUUGGUUUUUUAGUAAUAUUUAUGACAGCAUAUAAGAUAGAAAAUACUGUUUAUAACUAAUCAUUUUAUUAAUACCAAAAUAAAAGUUAACACUCAUUUAAUCAUUUUUAAAGGAGAACAUUUUUUAAGGGUUAAGUUAUUAAUUAUUAUUCAUGAAUUCAAGCCAAGUUCUUACAGAAUUUGAAACUUGUGAAUUGCAGCUAAUACUUUUAGAUACUUGCAGAAAAGUGCUUAAACAGACAACUAGAGGAAACAAUGUGAUAUAAUAUUUAGCUUUAAAUUUAAAAUUAAACAUUUACAUCUUAUAAAUGACAUCAAGAAGUUAAUACAUUAUUUCAUUUAGAUACUGAGGUUUCUCCAUUUGUAUCUAAAUAAAUAUAAUAAUUUAACUUUAAAUAUUUACACAUCUUUAUUUAUAAUUUCAAUUUAUGCUGAAAUAUUUAAAAAUUAUGUGAAUACAGAAUGAAUUCAUGAAUAAUUAAUUCAGCUCUCUAAAAAUGAUAUGAUUUUGAAUGGAUAGAAGUAUGUGCAAGCAUUAGAAUUAAAUAUAAAGGAUGUGGAAGGUUUCAAUUUUAAUUGUGUUGUUAUCUAUGUCGGACUUACUAUGUUAAUAGGACUUAUUAUGCUGGUGUUGUAUCAGCUUUUUCAAAUAGAGGAAAUCUUAUUCAGAAAAAACAAAAUCUUUAUUUUUCACCUAUGGAAGGAUGUGGAAGGUUUAUCAA